AUGCGGCGCAUCCUGUUUCACCUCAAGCAUCGCCGACUCAAGCCUCGUUCUCUACGGCAAUCGACUCCGCUUGGUCGAACUACAUACAGAGGACACCACNUCACUUACCAGACAGCGCUCGCUGUAGCAGCCGGAGCGGGAGAGCACUCGUGUACUGACACGGACGUGUGCCACCCCGGCCAGCGGUGCAAGCCCGUUGAGUCUGGCGGAGUGAGCCUUGCCGAGCGAGCCAACAGUCUCGGCAUUCGGCACGAGACUUUCAGCGACGCACGGCGGCGGAUGCACAACACGAACCACGACAUCUCCCCCAAGAUCGCUGUGAGUGAGGGAUGCUACGUGUACAACGAGCGCAAGACACGGAGUGACGUGACGAAUCCCGGGAACAGAAAAAGAGCAGGGGGAGGUGCAGGAUACCUAUAGUUUUGUGUGGGCUACUAGUG